GGGUGCCUCUUUUCCUAACAAAAUACGACUGAUUUAAAGUUAUUUGUGAGAAUAACCUAUAAUAUUAUUCAUCCAACCUCCACAUCCUACUUGUUUCUCAAAGAACAAACAACAAAAAACAUCUCAGCACCUGCAGACCGAUUGUGAUAGUUAUUCAUUUACUUGAUAGUGUUCAAUGUGUGGUAUUAGUUCGUAAAAUAUAAGUCAAUCAAUCGAAAGAAGCGACGUUAGCGCUGAGAUGGUUACUGGGUGCAGGUUUACGCAAACUGAGGAACUCUUUGAUGGUUGUUGGCGAAAAUGCUGAAUAUAAAUGAGGUGAAAUCACAGGACUUGCGCGGUGUGCGUUACUCAUUCCUGACACCAGCCCAGUCACACGGUGAGAUGCGUUUCUGAGAGCAAACAAAACAUUCUUUUGGAGCAGUUCAAACACACGCUGAUUCAAGGCUAAUUUACAGGCAUGGACUGCAGGAUUUUAACAUCCAAGACCGUUCUUUUACUUCUCAGUUGCAUAUUUUGGGCUGCGGGAGCUGCUCUUAGCUAUGUCGGUGCUUACGUGAUAAAUAGCUACAAGCACUUUGACAACUUUUUGACGGACAAAUACAUUCUCAUCCCUGCGGCCAUCAUCAUCGUCAUUGCCGUGGUCUUGUUCAUCAUCGGGCUCAUCGGCUGCUGUGCGACCCUGAGGGAGUCCACGGUUGGCUUGAGCUGUUUCCUGUUGAUCAUCGUGCUGCUCUUCGCUGCAGAAGUGACUGCCUUUGUGUUCGGCUUCGCCUACAGGGGCAGGGGCAACUUGGAGAAGUCAAUGAGCGAUGUCUUCCAGAAGUACGACGGUCAGAACUCUGAGACCCGAGCAGUGAAUUAUUUGCAGAGUCAACUGAAAUGUUGCGGCGUGCAGAACUACACUGACUGGACCAGUACUCCUUGGUACAAAUCCCAUAACAGCUCUGUGCCCCAGUCCUGCUGCAAAGAAAACCACACGUGCACCGGAAAGAUUGACCAGCCAGAACUGCUGAAUGCACAGGGAUGUGAAGCUAAGCUGGAGCAGCUGCUCCAGGACGUGCUGAGCUAUGCCAUGCUGGUGAUCUUGGGAUUCGCCAUCAUAAAGUUGUUUGGCAUGCUCAGCAUUUGUGUGAUCACCUGCAGAAGCAGCAAAGGCAGUUACCAGCCCGUUUACUCUGCCUGACCGGGGCAGGGAGGAGGCCGUGCGGGGCUGCCUGAACUUCCUGUCUGACAGGACCAAAGUGUGCAGCCUCAGUAGUGUCGCACACCUUUUUCAUUUUGGUUUUAAUGCAGUUUUUGUGAGGAAAUGCAUGAAGUAAGUAGCUAAAUGUUUGAUGGUAAACGUAAUACUAGCCAGUUUUUUGAAUAUCCCUGACAACACUGUGAAAGGAAAAUGCAUCUUACAUUGAUGUUAUAGCUGAAUUAUACUUUAUUGGCUUUUCAUUCAACAUGCACAUCCGCUUUCCGUAGUAUGUGUAAUCUUCUAAAGGUGUAGAUAACGGGCAAGGAAGGGUUCACCCAUUUCCUAAAGUGACAUUUUGAAGAUGACUUUCUGAGAAAUGAGAGGGCGUGACGUAUUUGAAUUCUGUGCAGGGGCAGGUUUUUGUUUAUUUGGGGGGUUUUUUAAGUUCAUAAGUGUUUUUGGUGUGAAUGUCCAUAUCUGUGCUGUAUUUAUUGUUGUCCUUUCAUAUCUAGUUCUCAAAAUUACUAUGAUUAACUGGUACAAGAUAUUUCAUUCUUGCUGCAAAACUCUUAUAGGUGAAAAUGUGUUAAGUUUGAGUUUGUGUUGCAUUGACAAUUAAACUCUAAAAAACGUUAAA